ACUAGGAAAAGAUAUUACAUGUCUUGUUUCCGCUUGAUUUUGUUUACCGUUAGUUAAGUAUCGUCCGUUAAAAAUGAGCGAUUUCGACGACGAGAAUUACGUUUCUUUUGGAGUUGCUCUCGAGCCUAUAGACGAAGACAAUGUCCCAAGAAAGAAACCUGUCACGAUCGAGGAUCAGUGCGCGUACGAUGCGCAAGGCAGACGCAGAUUUCACGGAGCGUUUACGGGUGGCUUCUCCGCCGGAUAUUUCAACACUGUCGGCACGCGAGACGGUUGGAGGCCGCAACAGUUCAAGUCUUCCAGAAGUAGUAAAGCAGAAAAUGUUGCGCAACGGCCAGAAGACUUUAUGGACGAGGAGGACACGAGUCAGUUUGGGAUCGCACCCAAAGGCAUCCGUGCUACCAGCGACUACGUAGAUCACGGUCAAAGAGGAGUAAAACGAGAGAGAGUCAAUCGCGAUAGCAGUGGUCCUAUUCCCGGUACUCCGGUAUUAAGGGAAUUACUGAAGCCUGUAAAAGAGACGGUUGGCAUUAUGCUGUUGAAAAAAAUGGGAUGGAGACCGGGUCAGGGUGUGGGGUCCAGACUCACGAAAAAGGAGAAAGCUAAAAUAAAGAAAAGAAACGAGAAAAUACGGGCGUCGCAACAGCAGCCUAGAAAGCCACGUUCUGAAAGUAGCUCGGAAGACUCGGAGGACGAUUAUGGAGAUGUCACGUUUGCUCCCGAUGAUUAUGAACCAUUCAGAUGUAACCCAAAGGACAAUUACUUCGGUAUAGGGUACAGCGGUUUGGAUCGGAGAACCGUGCUUUCCGGUCACAUAAAUUUAUUCGACGCUCCCGCGUUCAGUAUUCAAGAGAAAAAUAAGAAGCUGUCGAUACACGGACAAGCGUUCGGUGUUGGCGCGUUCGAAGCAGACGACGAAGAUAUAUACGAAAGAGAGGACAUGUCGCGUUACGAUUUUGCAUUGGGCCCGGAACGGAAAACGAAAUCAAGGUGGUCCGACGAGAACAGUUCCAGAAACCAGAGCAGCAAUUGCCUGGAGGGGUUCGUACCAGCUAAAAAUAAAUUAGAGUAUAAGAAAGUGUUCCCGGCUCCGGAGUUGCCCAAAGGUUUUGUGCCGGUGCACACGGUGAGAAAAAGUCGUUUCUAUCCACCGAUCGAGAAUGUUCCUCGCACGGUGGAGAACGGGAGACGCAAAGAUCUUACAGCCGCGGAUAGGGCUAGGAUAUUGGAAGAUACGCAGAGCGUUAAACAGAUAUCUGACACGCAUCCGAACGCAGUGCCAUCGGUUGCCUCCAACAUCAUAACGAAAACGUUGAAUUUACACGGUAAGCAACAAACUGAGGAGAGGCAAAAGUUAGAAAGCCAACAGAGCAAAGUGGCCGUCUCGUGGAUGGACAAAUUGAAUUUACAGAGUUUUAUUAAGGGAGGCGUUGUCGGGUUCGGUAAAGAAUCUGAAGGAAGCUUAAAAAAUUUGGAAGAAUACAAAGACUCUCCCUCUACAUCAGAAGAAUGUCAAGCAAGUGAGGAGAGUAAGCCAGAGGAGGACGAUUCUACGAAGAAGAGUGCUGCAAGACCAUUUUUAUCCGAUCCUGAUAAGCAGAGACGAUUCGAGCAAUACUUGGUUCUCCUGAAGAAAGCUGAACAAAGUAAACUCGAGAGUAUACAACCGUUGUCGAUGACAGAGUGGGACAGAGAACGCGAACGCGAGGAAUUUGAUCAGGCAGCUAGAUUAUUCGAGCAUCCGACGAACGAUUUCGUUGCAAGCAAAUUCAUCCACGCUUCUUCCGGCCCUGCGAGUCCUGACACAUCUUCAGCGAAGUUCAGUCAGGAAGACGAGCUGAAGCAGGCUGUGAAGAUGAAAAUGUUUGGAAAAUUGACCAGGGAACGUAUAGAAUGGAGGCCUGCCAGUAUAGUUUGCAAGAGAUUCAAUAUUCCUGAACCAAGGGGCGGUUGCGCCCAGCCUGAGAUGCAGAAGAAGACUGUUAAGUUCUCAAUCUUUGAUUCCCUAAAUUGGAGCAACUCUACGAAAUUCUUAAAGGCAACCGAUACGGUGCUGAAGGAAACGGACACGGUCGAUGUUCAAACGAAAGACAAUGUUGGUAUCGUGAAGUCUGAAGCAACGUUGGAGGAUCAUCAGACGUUGGAAUUCGUCUCGGAGAAAGUAAGGAAUUUCGAGGCCUCUUACGAGAAGGUGUUCGGCAAAGAAGUCCAAGAAGAAGCUUCCAGAACCGAGGUGAAAGAGCUUGAUGGUAAAACGGAUUCGAGCGUGAGGUCGGAGGUCGUGGAGGAAGCGGGUAAAAGCGAGGAAGGCGACAUCGCGUCGAAGACGGAGCCGAAGAGCACGUCGGAGAAGAAGAAGGAUCUGUUCAAAGCGAUCUUCUUGAGCAGCAGCGAGGAGUCCGACUCGGAACCGGAGGAAAGCAUGGACAGCGAGGCGGUGAAGUCGGUUCUGAUCGGUAAAACUCCCAGCGAGAUGAACGUGAACAGGAACACUUCACCGCCGAGAGGAAUAUUCGCCAAGGUGGACCUGGACAACUUGCUGACGAGUUCGAAAAGCACCGUGCAAACGGACGAGGCUGUGGACACAGAAAUGGACGCGAAGGUAGCAUCGAAUCCUGAACCUGGAACCGGAUCCAAUCCCAGCAACGAUAGUAACUUAAAUCCAGCGGAACCGUUGAUGUUGCCUGACAUGUACGGACCUGCUCUUCCCUCGAGAUUGUUAAAAAACGACAAUUCUGUACCGGAGGCGUCCGGCUCGCAGACCUUGAAGCCUGUGUUCAAAAGUGUCGUGGUACCAAAGCCCAAGGUGGACUCGAAGAUCUCCGGUGUGUGGGUGGAGCGGGGAAAAGUGAAGAAGUCGAAGAAGGAGAAGAAGAAGCACAAGCACAAGGAGCACAAAAGCUCGAAACACAAGCGGAAGUCGAAGAAAGAGAAGCGCGGCUCGUGAACCGGGGAAUCGAGACUUG